AGGGAAAGCGGUUACAGGAGGAGGCAGGAGUUCAAAUUGGGCCUUGACCCAGUAAGAGUUGGGCCUGGCAAUCCAAUUGUCAAAAUUUGCCGCCCAAAGCAACCAAGCCCAAUCGCAACUAUGGUAAAAGCUACACUGCCGGUUGUUUUCAGUUAGUUUUACUUCCAGUUCUACUGUGAGAGCAGAGGGGAAGGAAGAAAGAUUCGGAUUUCGGAUAAAAAGGAAGCGAAAAGGAACUCAAUUCCACAAUCAUAUUUCUUCUUCCCGCCGUUGCCUCUGCUGUAAUCUCCAUCGUUUCCAUUUGCCGACCUCUCGAAGGAGAGAAAGCCGAGGGAGGAUCAAUUUGAUGGCGGGGAGAGUGAUAACGGUGGCGCAGGAUGGCACCGGUGACUUCACCACCGUGCAGGCUGCAGUCGACAGUGUGCCGUUCGGGAACAACUUCCGAACUGUAAUCCGUGUGGCCCCAGGAGUUUACAGGCAGCCUGUGUACGUUCCAAAGAGAAAAAAUUUCAUAACCCUGGCCGGUUUGCGGCCGGAGGACACCGUACUUACCUGGAACAACAGCGCCUCCAGAAUCGAUCACCACCAGGGGGAAAGGUUGAUUGGGACGGGGACUUUCGGUUGUGGAAGUGUGAUUGUGGAAGGAGAAGAUUUCAUUGCUGAGAACGUCACUUUUGAGAACUCCUGCCCUCAGGGUUCUGGCCAAGCUGUGGCACUCAGAGUAACAGCUGAUCGCUGUGGUUUCUACAAUUGUAGGUUUCUUGGAUGGCAGGAUACACUUUAUCUGCAUUAUGGGAAACAGUACCUGAAGGAUUGUUAUAUUGAAGGAAGUGUGGACUUCAUUUUCGGCAAUAGCACUGCACUCCUUGAACAUUGUCAUAUCCACUGUAAAUCAGAAGGCUUUAUUACUGCACAAGCACGAAAGUCAUCUCAAGAGUCAACAGGUUAUGUGUUUUUAAGGCGAGUAGUUCACUGUUUAUCAGAUCUUUUCUCUGUGGUGUUAACAUUUCUGCAUUGGCUGAGGUCUCUAAUCAGGCUAUUAGGUUGAUUGGGUAGUUUGUAUUUUCCCUUUAUCAUGGAGCCCCAAACUCUAGAGACCAAGCAAGUCGAAUCAAUGUGGUUUGAAUGAGGAUAAAUGGCUUUUUAGCAUUCUAAAGAAAGAAUGUGUCUUCCCAGCCUUUGGUUUUUCAUGUUAGCUGCUCAUUAUCUCUCCAGAUUUUACUACAUGAUUUUAAGUUUCAACGUAUCAGAUAAGUUACGGGGGAUCUCUUGGCACAAGCUUGUAUUGUUAGCAGCUGCUAUUACUGAAACAUAUGUCUCAUUAUGGCAUCAUUAGUACCUUGGUAUCUUGGUUCCCCUUGACAAAUCUGCGUCUUUAUGCAGAUGUGUGAUAACUGGGAAUGGGAAGGCAUCAUACAUGUAUCUUGGGAGACCAUGGGGUCCCUUUGGUAGGGUAGUUUUUGCAUACACUUACAUGGAUCAAUGCAUCAGACACGUGGGGUGGAACAACUGGGGCAAACCUGAGAAUGAGAGAAGUGCUUGCUUUUAUGAGUACAGGUGCUAUGGGCCAGGUAGUUGCCCUUCAAAACGAGUUGGGUGGUGUAGAGAGUUGAUAGACGAAGAAGCUGAUCAAUUUGUGAUGCACGGCUUUAUUGAUCCAAAUCCAGAAAGGCCCUGGCUUGCCCAAAGGAUGGCAGUGAGGAUACCACAUUCUGCCUAGCUUAUAAACUGUAACAUGAUGUAAACUUGUUGUGUGAUCAAUACAUGCCACAGGAGAAGGAAACCUCAAACUGCUCGGGGUCCCUCGAACUUAAAGUGGAAAUAAAACGUAGCCAAAUAGGUGCACAGAAGUUGUUGCUUGCUGCACUACAGCACAGCAGUAAAACGACAUUAAGAAGAAGAGUUCCGUCACGUAUGUAUGAGCUGUUUGCAGCUUGAGCAGAUUCCUCCUGGAGGUUUCAUUCAGAGUGAUGCCUAAAUCUUGCUCCCAAACAUGAUAAUGUAUCAUAAACCAUGCUUCAUGGUUUUUUGUAGUGAGAAGUAUGUUGUUCAAUACUUGGUAUCUUUUGUGCCCUGAAGUCUACUAUCCGAGCAGCUAAUGACCAGAGUUUGCCCUUUCUAUGGGCGAAAUUCUGCCGGCCAAUCAACUCCGUCCUCUAGGUUUUUUGGUCAAUUUUUUUGAUUACAAUAUAUAGUUUUAUACACAGGUUUGAUGGUACGAGUUCUGGUAUUUGGAAUGGUGCUUCUCUUGCAAUUGCUUUCAGCCUUGUUGUUAC